AUGGAACCCCCUAGUGACAGGACUGAUGUCCCAGGGAGCAUGCAGGGCAGCGACCAGCAAUCCGAGCUGACCCCAGGAACAGCUGGGAGUGCUCAUAGAGUACAAUGCCCCUCUCUCAGUCAAGUCCUUUCCGAAUUGGCUUCACUGCCACCGGCGUCCACACUUGCGGCAAUUGAGCCGUUGCCAUCUGAAGAACAAAAGAACUUGUUCGAGUCACUGCAGAAAUCCCUGAAAGCUGCAGAAAAUGCAAACAUUUUGGACGCUCUGAAAGAUACUCCAGAUAUUCUCCAGAAGUUGUGGAAGUGCAGAUCGCCCUACCUAGUGCCAGCGGCAGAGGCUAUGGCGAAUGGCAGCAGAGCCCCAUUAUGGCGGGUCUCCUACGGCAAGAUUGGAGUCUUCAACUUUUUCCUUCAGCUUAUAGCGUCGAAGGAGACCAUUGAUAACAGAGUCAUCCUCCAUGCGUUACGGCUCGUCGGCAACUCCUGUGCUGACACUAAUGACAAUCGAGAGAUUGUAGUGGAACACAAUUACACGGCUGCCAUUCUACAGCACUCAAGCAAUCCCGAACUGAUUCAAGUGGUGAUCCCUGUCCUGUAUAACAUUUGCAUCGACUUCGGGCCUGCUCAGACACAGUUAGCUGCUGAUAAGAUAGUCUAUAUCCUCUUGAAACUAGUGAAAGACGGUGCAUUCAAAGACAACGAUGCUCUGCUUGAUUAUGUCUUUGAGCUUGUCGAGUUGGUCGGAGAACAAGGCAUGACUUCACCUCCCCUUUUGCAAUUCAAUGCUAACUAUGUGGCUUCCACCCCAGCGCGUUUCUCCGGUCUUGUCAGUGGCCUGGCGACAUAUCUAAACAAUACGCGCUUCCAAGAAAUUUGCAUAUCCAAUUACAUAGUGCCCAACAUUUUGGCGGUGCUCAGCCGGUCACUGACCUUCAAUACUGAGUCCUCUGGCGAGGAUACCCAGGCAUUAGCACAGUCACGGUUGAAGAUCAACCAAAUCCUCGCGGAGAUCUCCGGAUCGACCUCAUUCGCGCAGUACUAUCCGCUAGACUCCCCUCUGGCUCAGUCUCUCAAGACGUGGCUAACAUCGACGGAGGACCAGCUGCAGAUAUGCUCCUGCGUUAUCCUGGGCAACUUGGCUCGCUCAGACGCGACGUGCGAAAGGAUGGUUCAAGAUCUGAGAAUACAUGAAGAAUUGAUAUCUGUCCUUAAGAGUGAUGUUAGAGGCGCGGUCUUACACUCGGCACUCGGAUUCGUGAAGAACCUUGCGAUCGCUGGGAAUAACAGGCUGGUACUUGGAGAGGCUGGCAUACUCCCAGCGGUUUCACGUCUAUGGCAAUAUGAGUCUGUCCCUCAGGUUCAGUUUGCCGCCACAAGCAUCGCAAGGCAGGUGACUGUGGCAGCGAUCGAUAAUAUUUCUCGUCUCCUAGAGGGACUUGCAAGGGACGGCACUGAUUCUAACGACGAACGGACGUAUUUGUCUUUGCUACUUGCUCUCUUCCAGAAAACAGACUCUACUCCCAUCAAAACAGAGAUUGGACGCACCGUGGCCUCCAUAUGCCGUACUUUGGUGCCAAAAUCUCGGGAAGGGGAUCCCACUGCUGCUGCCCUGCUGUCCAGAUUCUUUGACUUACAUGAGGACAUCGCGCUGCCGGUUGGGGCUAUGAUUGCCCAAUCACAAUGGCCCGUCGUCCGGAGUGAAGGCUGGUUUGCCAUGGCCCUUAUGGCGUCCACUAAAGCGGGCGCCAUGGCAGUUUCAAGAUCCCUGCAAAAGAUGCAAAUUCUUCCACUACUUGAGGAGACGUUGAGUGCAGAAACCUCCGAAUCUACGGAGGAGACCGAACAAAUGCAGGCAAAGAAAGAUCGUGACAAUAUUUCUGUCCUGGUGCAGGAGUUGUUGAAGAGCGAUGUAAGUCUAUUCUCAAAAUUUGAAAUCCCAACUAUGAUUGAUAUUGACGCCUCCCUACCAGCCCGACACGCUUGCCGAAACCGAUAA